UAGUAUUUUUAAUUUUAACAGAAUUUGCGGUAGGCUAUGUUUUAAAUUAAUUUUAAAACUAUUUAAUGUAUGCCCUAUGAAUAUAUUUCUUGGGAUUAGAUUCCAAAUAUUUACUGUCCGGUUAAUGAAAGAAUUGAUUGUUUUGGCAUUCUUAUUUGAGACUUGAAUGAUAAAAUCAUGCUUUCUACUUGGACGUGUAUUUAAUGUGAAUAGCUCUUCGGGGUUUAAACUGGUAUGGUUAAAUAGUAUCUUAUACAUUGUUAUCACGUCUAUAUAAUACCUUCUGAAUUGUAGGGUUUCGAGUUGAAAUAAUUUUAGUCUGUCCGUGUAUUUAAGAUAUUUUCUUCUGCAUUUCAAAAGGGCUGACUUAGUAAAGAACUUUUGCACCUUUUCUAUAUCUUUAGUUAAUUCCUUAGACAUUGGGUUCCAUAUAGGGGACCCGUAUUCUAGUGUAGGGAGAAUAUAUGUUUUAAAAAGAUUACCCCAUAUUUUAGGAUCGGAUGUAUGAAUAUUUCGUAGUAUUUGGUGGGAUCUUAAGAAUCCAAGUUUGCAUAUGUUUUUUAUAUGUUUUUUGAAGGUUAAUUUAUUGUCUAUAAGUAUGCCUAGAUCUUUUAUUACUUCGACAUGUUGUAACUCAUGGUCUAGGAUAUUGUAUGGUAUUUUUGGGUUUUUAUUACCUAGAUUGAAUAUAAAGGAUUUAUUAAGUGAUAUAUUUAGACCCGAAUCUAUCGCCCAUGAGUAAAGGAUAUCGAUAUUUUCCUGCAUGUUAGUAUUUUGUGUGUUGUAAAUAUGGGUGAUUUUAAUGUCAUCGGCAUAUAGCGAUGCAAAUAUAUUUUCUCCUAAUUUUGACGGGAGGUCAUUUAUAUAUAUUGUAAACAAUAAAGGUGCUAAAAUCGAUCCCUGGGGAACUCCUGAUAAUGUUGGAAAUACGCUUGACUCUUCGUUAUUUAUUCGCACAGCAAAAGUACGGUUUGUAAGAAAAUUGCUUAUCCAUCUGUGUAUUUUACCUCUGAUUC